AUGGACACGAGCCACGUGCAGCCCAUCAAGCUGGCCCAAGUCACCAAAGUGCUGGGCCAGACAGGCUCGCAAGGGCAGUGCACCGAGGUCCAUGUGGAAUUCAUGGAUGACACCAGCCGUUCGAUUAUCCGCAACGUGAAAGGCCCAAUCGGGGAAGGGGAUGUGCUCACGCUGUUGGAGUCUGAACGCGAGGCCCGGCAGUUGCACUGA